CGACCGCGUCACUUGUUCGGUUUUAUUGUAAUUUUUGAGUUAUUUAUUAUUUGUUAGUAUUAUUUCAUGUUAUAUCGAUGUUAUGUUUGAAAUUUAACUUGAUGUUCUGUGUUAAUUCUAUUUGCUAUAUGUAUCACAUAAAAUAACCUAUACUUCUAAUAUAGUACUAUAUCAUUAAAACUUAUUACAAUACAAUUAAUACACUAAAAUGGGAGAUAAGUCCACCCCACUUUUAGCUGUACUGCAACUUCUCCGAAAAUAUGAUUUGAAAGGCACAGAAGAACUUUUAAGGAAAGAAGCAAACUUAGGAGAUGUUGAAUACGACAACUUAGAUUUGCCAGAAGUAGAACUUGCCAGUAUACUUACUGCUCAUCACACAGAAAGUGAUCCAUAUAGCUAUGAGUUUGCUUAUGAUAGUCUUAAAAAGUUCGUUGAAAAUUCUCUAGACAUUUACAAGUAUGAAUUAUCAACACUUCUUUACCCAGUGUUUGUGCAUAUGUAUUUGGCACUAAUAUUGUAUGACCACAAUGAACAUGCUUAUAAGUUCUUUGAAAAAUUUGGCCUAGAACAGGAAGAUUAUUAUCAAGAGGAUUUAACUCGUCUCUCAAUUGUGAAACAUAAAGAUCAAAUUAAAGGAAAUGAAAUUGCAGAAAUAUACAGCUCAAACAAAUUUCAAGUUCAAGUAUCUCGAGAUGCAUCUACACAGCUUAAGAGAUAUUUACAUGAACAGAAGAGUUCACCGGUGAUUAUAAAUAUCUUAAAUAAUCACAUACAAAUUGAUAUACAUGAUGGACCAGGUCGAACACAAGCACAAGUGAGAGCUACUAUUGGGGGGCUACUAGGUGAAGCUUCUAGAAACGAAAAUCGCACAAAAGUGUAUUAUGGAUUAUUAAAAGAACCUGACAUACAAGUCCUUCCACCACCCAUUGAAGAUGAAGAGGAAGCAGAGGAGACCCCAGAUAAACCCAAAAAAAAGAAGGCCAAAAAGGACAAUAUUUUUCUCAAAAAACCUAAAUCUGAUCCCAAUGCACCACCAAAUGACAGAAUUCCCUUGCCAGAGUUGAAAGAAACAGACAAGCUGGAAAAGGGUAAAGCCAUAAGAGAAGCUGCAAAACGUGUUCAACUUGGACCAGAGAGUCUACCAUCUAUUUGCUUUUACACUCUCUUAAACAGCGGCCAUACAGCCAUAUGUGCUGAUAUCUGUGAUGACUCAACACUGCUUGCCGUUGGCUUCAACAACUCUUAUAUUAAGGUUUGGACUUUGACUACAAUAAGAUUAAGAGGAAUGAAAUCAGCUGAAAAGUUGCAAGACAUCGACAGAGAAGCUGGUGACGUCUUAGUGAGGAUGAUGGAAGAGAAGGACAGAGAUACAUGCCGUACACUAUACGGCCACUCGGGAUCAGUAUUCAAAGUGGCAUUCGAUCCUUUCAAAACUUUGUUACUAUCAUGCUCUGAAGAUUCCACAGUCCGGCUAUGGUCCCUGCAGUGUUGGUCGUGCCUAGUGGCGUACCGUGGCCACGCUUGGUCGGUUUGGGACGUACGUUGGUCGCCUCAUGGCCACUACUUCGCCAGCGCCGGGCACGACCGGACCGCACGCCUCUGGGCCACCGACCACCAUCAACCGCUCCGAAUAUUCGCUGGACAUCUUUCUGACGUCGAUUGUGUUCAAUUCCAUCCAAACUCGAAUUACAUAGCAACGGGAUCCAGCGACCGCACCGUAAGACUAUGGGACUGUUUGACGGGAACGCAAGUACGGAUCAUGACCGGUCACAAGACAACUCCAUAUACCGUUGCCUUUUCUGUAUGUGGUCGUUGGAUAGCUUCAGGCGGCGCGGGGGGAGAGAUAGUUGUAUGGGAUAUUUCUACCGGUCUACCAAUGAGCACUCUGCCUCCAAUGCAUGUAGCGCCUGUUCACGCCUUAGCCUUCAGUCGAGACGGCACUAUCUUAUCUUCAGGUUCAUUGGACUCCACAAUCAAACUGUGGGAUUUCACAUUGAUUACGGAUGAAAGUCUGACGGAAGAGACAGGUUCAAGUACUGUCACACAAAAAGAAGAGAAGGUUCUCUUGCGUUCGUUUGCGACGAAGAAUUCGCCAAUCAAGCAUUUGCAUUUCACCCGUCGCAACCUUUUAUUGGCUGUAGGGUCAUAUGAAGGAAGUUCCUAAUGAUAACUACAAUGUAAUCGAAAAGAAAUGUUUUUUAUUUACGACAUAUAUUAUUGUAAUUGUAAGAAAAAUGUCCUUUCCGAUGUAAUAAACUGAAUGAUUAAAUUCAA